AUGCCGAACCCCAUCCCUUGCCCCGACCACGACGGCGGCGGCGGACUCGACUGCUCCCCGCUCUCGCACCUCUUCUACCAAGUCCGCACCGACGCAUCCCCGCACUCGGGCCCGUCACCGUUCAUCACGCUCCUCUCCACCUUUGACGCCGCCUCAUCAUCGCGCUGGACGCUCUCCGCCCACACGGCCUGCUUCACCACCGACCUCCUCCCGCUCCCCACCUCGCCAGGCGAGCUCGCCGAAAUCGUUGCCGCAUUCACGCCCCACGCCUCCGCCCUCUCCGUCUCGGUCCCAUCCAAGGUGGCCCUGCUGCCCCCCCAUCGCUGGUCCCGCAUCGGCAUACACGUCGAUAUCGCCUCACCCGACGCGUCCUGGCCACGUCUCAGGGCGUACCGCGUCGAAGGCCAGCAUGCCAUCGACCUCGCAGGCAGAGCCAUGGUCUCGAUGCACACCGCGGCCAUCCCUCAGACGCCCACGAGCGAGGUACACGGCCUCCGCAUCGCACUCGACCAAGCCCGCGCCGCACACCGCCAGGACCUGGACAAGUACCGCCGUCUCCUCUCUUCGUCCUCGACGAUGGCACCGACAUCCCGUCCCGUCGGCAUCGCGGGCGGGGCAGCCUCUCUGAGCCAACGCGGCCUGUUGGCCAAUAGCGACCUCGUUCCGCCCUCGAGCGCACCCACCUCGGUCGCGGGGUCGAGCAACGACGGGUCUCCCCCUGCCAAGAAGCUGCGGACCAGGGACCAGCAUAGCGAAUCGCCCUCGGCCGCAAGGAGGGGCAGGUGGAUCGGUUCCCUCGUCAACCCGGCCCGCGUCUUCCGCGACAAACCGGGAGAGAAUGACGAUUUCGUUGAUCCGGACGAAACCCUCUGA